UCAAAUAUCAUGUUUUUCUGCAGUGAUAUUUGCCACGAGCUGCUAGGACACGUCCCUCUUUUUGCUGAUCCCAGUUUUGCUCAGUUUUCYCAGGAAAUUGGACUGGCAUCGCUGGGAGCUCCAGAUGAUUUCAUCGAGAAACUCGCCACGGUUUAUUGGUUUACUGUGGAGUUUGGACUGUGUAAGGAAGGAGAUUCCCUCAAGGCUUAUGGCGCAGGGCUGCUGUCUUCAUUUGGGGAGCUGCAGUAUUGUUUAUCAAGUAAGCCUGAGAUCCAGCCCCUUGUCCUGGAGAAGACUUCUGUGCAGAAGUACCCUGUCACUGAGUUCCAGCCCAUCUACUACGUUGCUGAAAGCUUUAAAGAUGCAAAAGAAAAGCUGAGGAAAUUUGCUCAGACCAUCCCUCGUCCUUUCUCUGUUCGGUAYAACCCCUACACCCAAAGGAUUGAAGUCCUGGACAAUGCAAAGCAGCUGAAGAACUUAGCUGACACGAUCAACAGUGAGAUUGGGAUCCUUUGCAAUGCCCUCCAGAAGCUAAAAUGAAGAUUUGCUGUGUUUUUUUAGUGACUGGAAGCUAUCAUGUGCAAGUGCCAAUCUUAGUCCAGCCUUAGCCUAUUAUCUUCCAGUGUACUGCAUGAGUGCUUAUGUUGUAUAUCUUAAUUAUUAUAGCUUAGCAGAGAAACAGCCAUCUGCAGGUGACCCUCCCCUCUUUUGGCCUUCAGACACUAAUCCAUUAUUUCUCACUAAUGAAUAAAAAUGACCUGAUUUCUGUGAAUCUGGGGAAGCCUGUGGGUGUUUCAUGCCAAAGGUUAGCAGAAGGAGGAGAUCUUGGCCGUGCAGAGCUGCACUGGUGGGGUCUGGGACCAGGAUGGGAUGUCAGCGAUGAGCAGAGUGAUCCACCYUGCCUUCUCUGACAGCCACACUCCCCUCAGUCCCUCCCAAGGUUCCUGUGGAGUCUGGAACUCCACACCUUUCAGGGUAAACAGGAGACUUUUCAGGGUAUAGGGGGGAUUGCUCCCAACAGACAUGCUCAGCUGUGGGAGGCUGAGGUGUGAAGGAUGCAUUUUUUUUUUGUGUCCUUCCCUGAGAGUGUCUUAUUCAACACUGCUAUGAGAUGUCUCCUAGUUUAACAGCCUAGAAGGUGGAUUCCAGCACCUUGGGAAUGAAGAGGGAGUGGUUGUUUCAAUGCAGCUGGGGACAUCAAAGCCUUCCAGCUUCUAACCCACUGAAUCUGUGGCUGGAGUCCCCAUCAAAGUCAUGGGGUAACUGGGACCUGUCCCAGUUACAUUCAAACCCAAACAUGUUCCUUUUCAAUACACAUCCUAAUUAAUGACCCCUUUUUGAAUCUCCAUCACCCAUCUGAGCUUUAAUCUCCCUUUUUUUUGGUGAAAGUGGUUUUAUUUUUCCUGGAGCGAAUCUCAGCUGAGUCAGCAAAUGGAACCAAAGGUGGUUCCGGCUCAAGUCAAUGGCUGAGCAUGGAGAGAGAAGAGUUUUGCUGCUCAGGAAGCUGUUUCUGUAUUUAUCUUAURAAUUUCACAGAAAUCAGCUAAAUGCCCUGUUGGACUGGCCCACACUACACAAUGCCCCCUUGUAGCUCCCUGGUUGAAGGAGGGAGAUSAGCACUUGAACAUGGGGACAGAAUGGAGCAAAGCAAAGCUGAACAGYAUUUUCAGCCUGAAACAAUUUUGCAUCGUGAUGUUAACACCACUCAGAGGUCAAAUUUCUCUUAGAAGAUUCAAAGAUGGAGAGGGAUUUGAAAGUCCACGAGUCUCAUACCUGCUACAUUACUAGUUUUGUAUUUCUAGUAUGAAAAUCAAUACUGCUUUAAUAUAAGCAUCAUCCUUUAGAAGAUAGGAAGURCAUCUGUUUUCAUUUUAUUUAUGAUGGGUAAUAACAUUAAUCUUGGGAUACCAGCUGGAACCCUUUUCAAAAGACAUAUACUUGUGCAAAAUGGUAUCAUUUUGAUGCUUUGAAGUAACCUUUUUUAUCUCUGUAUUUUCUUUAUUCCCUUUUUUUCCCCUCACAAUGUUUCUCUAGAUCUUUAAAUUGUGUGGUUUCAGUGUGAAARUCGCCCAUAUUUUUCUCUCUUGAUGUAAUAGGACCCAUGAGGUAACUGUGUGCUGCAAAGAAGCAAUUUCACCCCAAGGGUAAAGUCUUUCAAACUGAUCCUCAGACAGCCUUUCAAGCUCCUCUGCAGCAGUAGUUCUGUAACGACAUAGAGAACACAGGGUUCACGAUUUUCCUUCAUGUGCAAGUGGAAUAGUUAAGAGAAUAUUGUUGCCACGUGUCUGGUUCUGUGUCCCUUAAUGCAGCAAGACAGAGAUGAGGAAAAGUUAAAUGUUCAGCAUUCUAAAAGCAGAGGAAAUGUAUGGAAAGCAGAUUUUCUUGCAGAACAAAUUAGCUUGUACAUAACUACUUUAAAUACUACAAAUAAAUUACAUUUAAAAUACUA